UCCUCUCUCUCUAAGCCUGUCUUUCACAUUUUUGUCUGUCCCAGUUAAUAUUGGGGACUUUGAAAUCCUCCACUAUUAUUACCCUAUUAAUUUUACACUUCUCUGAAUUUUGCCUGCAUUUGUCUUUCUAUUGCUCUUUAACAGUUUAGGGAGUCAAUUGUAUUUUCCCAGCAAAGAGAUUGCCCCUUUUUAUCGCACUUCUUUCAUAAUACCUCCCACCUACCAUGUCAGAAGAUUCUAUACUGCAGAAUAUUGGGCUGCUAGUCUUCUCCCUCCCUCAAUCAGAUCUGUGAUAGCAAUCAUAUCACAUCCCCCAGCUUUCAUCAACACCCUCAACUCAUCUCCUACUUACGAUGCUCCUUGCAUUAAAAUAAAUGCCAUCCAGCCCUGCCAUGCUUACUUGUGCUUUAACUUGGCUGUAUUUGCUGUGCCUUCUAGAAUGAUUUUGAUUUGAUUCCUAUACCUAUACUUGCCUGUGCAUCCUACCCUCCUGCACCUUCAUUCCAUUUGUUAGUUUAAACCCCCACCAACUGCAACGUCAAAUUUCCUCUCCAUGAUGUCAGUCCUGUUCCAGUUCAGAUACAAUCCGUUGGACUUCUACUGGACCCAUCUUCCCCAGAAGCUGACCCAAUGAUUCAGCAAUUUAAAGCCCUUCCUCUUCUCUAACUCUUUCAGCCACACAUUCAUCCAGUCUAUCCACCUAUUCCUGUACUCACUAACACAUCAUUGGCACCCUUUGCUUUUCAAUCUACCUCACUCCCUAAAUUCUUAAUGUAGGACCACCUCCCUCAUUCUACCUCUGCUAUUGGUCCCAGUGUGAACUGUGAUCUUAGGAUGUUUAUCCUGUAGCCUUGACUCUGUAGACCCAGGGAGACAACACAACAUCCUGAAGUCAUGACUGUGGCUGCAGAAGCAUUUGUCUGUACCUAUCGCUACUGAAUCUCUUAUCACUAUUGUUUUCCUUCUGUUUCUGCUCCCCACUUGUGCAAUUAGGCUCCGGUUGCAUUCCUCAGACUCACUCCAUUUUUCAACACAAAAUCUGUACUUGAGUGAGAUGUACUUUGGGGCUUUCCUGCCUAUCUGCCUGCCAUUCUCCUUCUGACUGAUCACCUGUUCCUUCUCCGCAUGGCCUUGAGCUGUGGGGUGACCAAAUCUAAAAAUGUGCUGUCCAUGUAACUUUCAGCCUCACAGAUGCACUGCUGUGCCUCCCACCAACACACAAACUCCAAAAUCCAGCAGUCAAGCUGAUCAAUCAGUGGCAUUUCUGCAGAUGUGUUCAUCCUGGCUGCCAGAACUGUUCAGGCAUAAAUUUGUAAACCCAUUGAUCAUUUCCUUUUUUAAGAUAUAUUUUAUGGGGAUGAGAGUGAAGCUGGCAAGGCUGCAUUAGUUGUCUUUACGUAAACUGGCCUGAGAAGGUGAUGGUUGGCUGCCUUGGACCAUUGCUAAGAGAUUUUUGUGACUUACAACUGAAUCAAUAAUCCACUGUGCUUGUUGCAAGCAGAGUGAAUUCUUCAAGUACUAGCCAAGGAUCAAUGUCACCUCUGAAAUCUUCAAAGACCUCAAUGAAUUAUCCAAGUGCGAGAAGAAUUAGCAGAAGCCCCAUACCCAUGAACAGUAAUAUAAAAAGCUUCUCCAUAAACUCCAGGCUAGGCAGUUCACUAGGAAAUCUUUAUGCUGCCCCUGAUGAAACUGAGAACGCUAUGACAUCAUCUCCUAGGACAAGUGUUACAUCUGGUUAUCCCUCCAACCAGCUGUAUAGCAGCUCGCAGCUUCCUGCGAGAUAUUAUCAUGAACUGAACAACAACUACCAUAGCAAAAGCAACAGUGGCACUACCUGCAAUAUCCCCAUCAAUAAUUGUACCAGCCCGAAGGAUGAUUACAGCGGUAGAUCCACCUGCAGUGGUCUCGGUCCUGCCACCAUGCGAUACCUAAGCCGUUCACACCCCGUGGACCCUGAGCCACUGCGUGGACGAUGCUUUCACCAGCAAAGAGAACAUCACGUUUGCUGCCGGUCAUUGACAGACAAGAACUGAACUCCUAAGGCUUGUUUCCGGGGCAGCCCUUGUCCUUCUGGCGCCUGGGGAAAUGAGGUGAAUGUCAUGGGGUGUUGUGUCAAGUGUAGGAAGUUCCUGUCUAGGUCAGCAUCUCAGCAGGUGGGUGCCAAAGAGCAGCUGCUGAGCUGGAUGGGAUACCUGUGGAAACCCCACACUAAUGUCAAACACUCCUGCUUCAACUCCAGACUGGAGAUCACAGGAAUUACUAGAUUUCUGAACAGUGAGCACUCAAACUGCGCCUUUCUUUUUAAGAACAAGUUCAACUGUUCCAAUAAAAUCUAGUGCUGCCUUAGAAAAGCUGGGAAGGACUCUUAAUCCCAACUAAGGUGCAAAUCUGGUGCUUUAACAUCUACGUGAGUGCUUUUAAUCAAGUCCCUUCGCUCUGAAACUGUUUUCACUUGAAGUGUUUCACAACUAUGCGAGUGCAUGACAAGCUUGUUCCCUAUUAUUUAUCAAAAACGAUAAACCCAGCGGGAUUAGGGGAGGAAGGGACAGAGAUAACUUUCACCAAAUUCACAAUGGACAAACACAGCCCUCGGUUAAUGAAUUCACCCUUCACAUAACUCCUGUAAACAAAUAAAAUACGGCUUAUCUGGAA